AUGGGUGUCCACAACAUUAUGUCUCGCUUCAAGCCUUCGACUGAGCACUCGGAGGCUUCCACUCCUGCUCGCUCCGACUCCUACGCGGAGAAGGACCACGGCAUCGUCGAUGACUCUCCCGUCAAGUAUCUCACCUGGCGUUCGUUCAUCCUUGGUCUCUGUGUGUCCAUGGGUGGUUUCAUUUUCGGUUACUCGACUGGUCAAAUCUCCGGUUUCGAGACCAUGCAGGAUUUCCUGAUGCGCUUCGGUGAGCAGCAGGCUGAUGGCUCCUAUGCCUUCAGCAACGUUCGUUCCGGUCUGAUCGUCGGUCUGCUCUCUAUCGGUACUAUGAUUGGUGCCCUGACUGCUGCUCCCAUUGCCGACCGUUUCGGCCGCAAGAUCUCCAUCUCUUUCUGGUCCCUCAUCCACAUUGUUGGCAUCAUCAUCCAAAUUGCCACCUCCACCAGUUGGGUCCAGGUCGCCAUGGGCCGUUGGGUUGCUGGUCUCGGUGUCGGGGCUCUGUCCAGCGUCGUUCCCAUGUACCAGAGUGAAUCUGCUCCCGUCCAGGUUCGUGGUGCCAUGGUCAGUGCCUUCCAGCUGUUCGUCGCCUUCGGUAUCUUCAUCUCCUACAUUGUCAACUACGGCACGGAGAGAAUCCACUCCACUGCCUCCUGGCGUAUCACCAUGGGUAUCGGUUUCGCCUGGCCCUUGAUCCUGGGUAUCGGUACCCUCUUCCUGCCUGAGUCCCCCCGUUACGCCUACCGCCAGGGCCGCGUUGACGAGGCUCGUGAGGUCAUGUGCAAGCUUUAUGGUGUUGGUCCCAACCACACCGUCAUCAUCCGUGAGAUGAAGGAGAUGAAGGACAAGCUCGAGGAGGAGCGCAACGCCGGCACUGCCAAGUGGCACGAGCUCUUCACUGGUCCUCGCAUGUUCUACCGUACCAUGCUGGGUAUCGCUCUCCAGUCUCUGCAGCAGCUUACCGGUGCCAACUUCAUCUUCUACUACGGAAACACCAUCUUCCAGUCCACCGGUAUCUCCAACAACUACAUCACCCAGAUUAUUCUCGGCGCGGUCAACUUCUUCAUGACUCUGCCCGGUCUCUACAUUGUCGAGCACUAUGGUCGCCGUAAGAGUUUGAUGUACGGUGCCGCCUGGAUGUUCAUCUGCUUCAUGAUCUGGGCCUCCGUCGGUAACUUCGCUCUGGACAUCAACAACCCGGAGAGCACCCCUGCUGCUGGUAAGGCCAUGAUUGUCUUCACCUGCUUCUUCAUUGUCGGUUUCGCUACCACCUGGGGUCCCAUCGUCUGGGCCAUCUGUGGUGAGAUGUACCCUGCCCGCUACCGUGCUGCCUGUAUCGGUAUUGCCACUGCUGCCAACUGGACCUGGAACUUCCUCAUCUCCUUCUUCACCCCCUUCAUCAACUCCGCCAUCCACUUCGCCUACGGUUACGUGUUCGCCGGAUGCUGCUUCGCCGCCAUCUUCGUUGUCUUCUUCUUCGUCAUCGAGAGCAAGGGCCGCAGUCUCGAGGAGGUCGACAGCAUGUACGUGCUCCACGUCCUGCCCUGGAAGUCGGAGAGCUGGGUUCCCCCUGAGGGCAUUGUCGAUGACAUGCACCACCCUCCCUCCUCUCCCAAGGCCGAGGGCCAGGCUGAGCACAGUGAGCCCACUGAGCUCCGCGAGUAAGCGGAUCGUCUUCCGAUUCUGCGCUCCUGUACAUUGACCAUCUCAUCUACAUCGCUUUUAAUGGCUCGCAUUUAGUGGCUUGCAUUUUUUUUCUUUUGCUUCUUGAAUGGGUAUGAAUGCAUCAAGGCAUGGUUGUACGACCUGACCUCUGGCUGGGAAUCUGACGUUCGGCGUUUGUUGAUACCUCUAAGUACGAUUGAUUGAUUGAUUGAUUAAGAAAUGAAAAUCCAUACACUAUCACAAGCAUGUUCUGUUCCCCGUAGCUUGAGCGUAGUGAUUGGGUGGAUUGUGCCACGUCAACGGUGUCAUUGCAGUGUUGGAUUGUGGGUCAACGGAGCACAACGAUGUCUUAAUGUCCCGUCUCUCCAUACCCCAGCGCUUGAUUCAUAUCUGCAUGUCUCAAAUUUAAGCUUUGCAUCCCUGUCAUGCAUAUUUGGUCCGAUGCGGUUAUUUGUAUACAAGCAUCCUCAAUCUAACAUUU